CACACACUGUGGCAUUUGAACUGUGUGUAUGUGAGGCAGAGAGACAUAGAGAGAGAGAGAGAGAGAGAUAGAGAGGAAGAUUUAGGAAUUCGUCUGCAGACUUAGAGCUGCGCUGUUAUAGAAUAAUGGCCUAGCAGACCUGCCCACUGUGUGUGCUUUGGGUUAGGAGCAGUGGUAAGACACCUCACUACAACCCUUCUCCUCAGGAGCAGCAUCAGCAGCCAUCCCCAGAAGACCCCAACAACAGCAGCAACAGGUUGAACUCCACACUGUCUCCAUAGCAAUUUAUUGAUCCUUCCAACCCUCUUUUCUUCACUGCGGAGCAGGAUGGAGGCUUCAUUUGGCCCUACCUUUGCGUCCGUGGCUGCUGGAGCCAAAGCAGAAGGGUCCAGCACCUACAAGCAGCAUAGAAGAACCCCGUCCUCCUCCAGCACUCUGACCUACUCUCCCCGGGAUGACGAUGAUGGAAUGCCUCCUAUUGGUACUCCACGGAGGUCAGAUUCAGCCAUCUCAGUCCGAUCUCUCCAUUCGGAGUCCAACAUGUCUCUGCGCUCCACUUUCUCUCUGCAUGAAGAGGAGGAGGACACGGAGCCCCAGGUGUUUGCUGAACAACCGUCCGUUAAACUGUGCUGCCAGCUGUGCUGUAAUGUCUUUAAGGACCCGGUCAUCACCACAUGUGGGCACACCUUCUGCAGACGAUGUGCCUUGACUUCAGACAAGUGCCCAGUGGAUGCGGCUAAGCUGACGGUCGUGGUGAACAACAUCGCGGUAGCCGAGCAGAUCGGAGAGCUUUUCAUUCACUGUAAAUAUGGCUGCAGGGCCACGGCGAGCGCUGCAGGCGGGGCUGCAGCCGCCACAUCCACGGUGGCUGGGAAACCUGGAGCGUACGAGGUGGACCCACUGGGCUGCCCGUUCACCAUCAAACUGACCACACGCAAAGAACAUGAGGCCAGUUGUGACUACAGGCCAGUCCGCUGUCCCAACAACCCUUCCUGCCCCCCAUUGCUCACCAUGAACCUGGAGGCUCACCUAAAAGAAUGUGAGCACAUCAAGUGUCCACACUCCAAAUAUGGCUGCACAUUCAUCGGUAACCAGGACACGUAUGAAACACACCUGGAAGUGUGUAAAUUUGAGGGUCUGAAGGAGUUUUUGCAACAAACUGAUGACAGGUUCCAUGAGAUGCAGCUGACUCUGGCCCAGAAGGACCAAGAUAUUGCUUUCCUGCGCUCUAUGCUGGGAAAACUAUCAGAGAAGUUGGAUCAGCUAGAGAAGAACCUGGAGCUCAAAUUUGAUGUGUUGGAUGAGAACCAGAGUAAACUGAGCGAGGACCUGAUGGAAUUUCGUAGAGAUGCGUCCAUGCUUAACGAUGAGUUGUCCCACAUCAACGCCAGGCUCAACAUGGGAAUUCUGGGCUCAUACGACCCCCAGCAGAUCUUCAAGUGUAAGGGGACAUUUGUUGGCCACCAGGGUCCCGUUUGGUGUCUGUGUGUGUACUCCACUGGAGACCUACUCUUCUCUGGAUCCUCAGAUAAGACUAUCAAGGUAUGGGACACGUGUACCACCUACAAGUGUCAGAAAACCCUGGAGGGUCAUGAUGGCAUCGUACUAGCAUUGUGCAUUCAAGGAAACAGGCUGUACAGUGGCUCUGCUGACUGCACCAUCAUUGUGUGGGACAUCCAGACCCUGCAGAAAGUCAAUACAAUCCGUGCCCAUGACAACCCUGUAUGUACCCUGGUCUCCUCCCACAACAUGUUGUUCAGCGGCUCCCUCAAGGCCAUUAAGGUCUGGGACAUUGUGGGUACGGAGCUGAAGCUGAAGAAGGAGCUGACUGGUCUGAAUCACUGGGUUAGAGCACUGGUGGCUUCCCAGAACCACCUGUACAGCGGCUCAUAUCAGACCAUCAAGAUUUGGGACAUCCGCUCUCUGGAGUGUGUUCACGUCCUGCAGACCAGUGGGGGCAGCGUCUACUCCAUCGCCGUCACCAACCACCACAUCGUCUGUGGCACCUAUGAAAACCUCAUCCAUGUGUGGGACAUUGAGUCUAAAGAGCAGGUGCGGACCCUGACAGGACAUGUGGGGACAGUUUACGCUCUGGCUGUCAUCUCCACCCCUGACCAGACCAAAGUGUUCAGCGCCUCCUACGACCGCUCGCUCAGGGUGUGGAGCAUGGACAACAUGAUCUGUACCCAGACCCUGCUGAGACACCAGGGCAGCGUCACGGCUCUAGCCGUCUCCAGAGGGCGCCUCUUCUCCGGAGCUGUCGACAGCACCGUCAAGGUGUGGACGUGCUAAACCAACCGUUUGCUCUGCAGGAGUCUUUGUCAGUCAGAAGACAGACGAUAUGAACGGUAACCUUUCCACAUGAUUUUCCUCCUCCACACGUGUUUCUUUGACUGUGAUUUAACGGCCGCGGACCAGUAAUAACCACGAGCUUCACAAUCGAGCUGCAUCGGAAGCAUUUGAGACUACGUGUUGCUUUUAAAACUUCAAACAAACCCUCCAACGCCUUGACCAGAUCGUCCGGAUUGAGGGUCAACCCGCGGUCACGCUCCUUAGUGACCUCUUCACCAGUGCAUUACGGGGCAAAAUAAGACAAGCCGCCUUACGGUUGCACCGCACGGUGCCAGAAACUAGCAGAGACUGGCUGCUGCAGCCCUGUAAUCAGAGCAGUAGAGAGCGGUUUCACCCUGUGCUCCUCCCUGCAGACGCAGCGCCGUCCCUGGACGGAGGAUGCCUGAUGCAUACUGUUCACACAAGUUAAGUUAAGGGCUGGUUUCACAAACAUAGAGGGACACCGCACUCCUUCCAAAAGUUAUGUAUCCCACAAUACAUUACAACCAAAACAGGACAUUUAAAUUUGGACUAUGUUAUUUUCUGCAAACUAAGUAGUUUUAUGGUAAAAUGUAUG